ACUAGCUAGCUCCCAUAGCGAAGCUCCAUAAUUAGAAAAACCUUCUGAAAUUAAGUUCAGAAGUUUCAUCCAAGUGUGUCUGCAGUGCAGAUAGCGAGCUACAAAUUAAACAUGAGUGGAGGUUACUAUUCUUCUUCUAAUUCCCAGCAUGAUCAUCAUCAUCACCCUACUUUCCCUCUGCACUUAUGUUUCUUCCUUCUUGUAUUGCUCACGUUUGUUGGGUUUUCAUGGUACAUUAACUACGAGUCUGUGCUGGAGAGCAUGUUUGAUCAGGUGAAACUGGUGCUCAUGGUGUCUCCCUUGCUGUUGUUACUAGUGGUGCACUGGCUUUCCAACGAUGACCGGAGGCGGGUGCACUCUCUCAUACCCUUACCUGAAAAAGACUCCCUUCAUAGGGCUGGAGGAACUCCAUGGGGAGUUGGAUUUCUGCUUGUUUUCCUGUUUUUUAUGAUUUCUUACCAGUCUUACUUUCAAGAACGUUGGUUUCCUCUUCUAAGCAGAUAGCACCACUUCUACGUAAUCUACUUUUCUGUUGUUAUUAUAUGUGUAAACCAGGUUUCUGCAGCAGCAUGAGAGUUCUAGAACUUCUGAAAUGGCAUCUUCUUUUUCCCAUAUUGUAGUGAAGUUGAAUUAUAUACAAACGGAGUUGUUAUAGUUUUAUUAAUUUGCUA